UGCACGGUCGGAAAGGCCUCGGCGGGGAGAGACCUCAGCGGAGACAGGCGCCGCCGCCGCCGCCACUGCAGCUCCCGCCGCCGCCGCCCCUCCCGCCGCCGCUCCCGCCGCCGCCGCCCCCGCCGCCGACAUGUUUUGCUCCGCAGUGAGGACCGCCAAGUGGAGGGCGGGGGAGAAACUGCAAGGCCCAGCGGGCCGUGCGCGGGCGGCGCUUGCGCGGUGCGCGGACGGGGGGACGGUCGGGCCAUUUAAAUGUGUGUUUGUGGGCGAAAUGGCUGCGCAGGUCGGAGCGGUGCGCGUUGUACGGGCGGCGGUGGCGCCGGAGGAACCGGACAAAGACGGGAAGGAGAGGCCCCUCGCCGCGGCCGCGCCGCGGGGCGUGAAGCGGCAGCGCCGGGCGAGCAGCGGGGGCUCCCAGGAGAAGCGGGGGCGGCCGGGCCAGGACGCCCCCUUGCCUCCCCCUCACCGGCGGCGUCGCAGCCGCCAGCCGCCCGGGCCGCCGCCGCCGCCCGGCGCCGCCGGCCCCGGCCCGGGCCUGCUGGAGCCUCUGCUCCUGCCGCCGCCGCCGCCGCCCCCGCCGCCGUCGUCCUCGCCGUCGCCGGCCCCCGCGGGGCCCGCCGUGGCGGCCGCGCUCCCGGGCCCCGGGACCUCGGCCCUCUUCACCUUCUCGCCGCUGACGGUGAGCGCGGCCGGGCCCCGGCUUAAGGGCCACAAGGAGCGGCACCGGCACCACCACCACCGCGGCGCGGAGGGCGACCCCGGCGCCUGCGUCCCGGGCGAUCUCCUGCACAAGGACAUGCAGGAAAACGGCGAGAGGACGGGCGGGGCGCCCCUGGCCAAGGCCCCCAAGAGAGAAACACCAGAUGAAAAUGGUAAAACCCAGAGAGCUGAUGAUUUUGUCUUGAAGAAAAUAAAGAAGAAAAAGAAAAAGAAACAUCGAGAAGAUGUGCGAGGAAGACGCCUUAAAAUGUACAACAAAGAAGUACAAACCGUAUGUGCUGGCCUGACUCGGAUCAGUAAGGAGAUUCUCACCCAAGGACAAGUAAACAGCACUUCAGGAGUUAAUAAGGAGUCCUUCAGGUAUCUGAAAGAUGAACAGCUGUGCCGAUUAAAUUUGGGCAUGCAAGAAUAUCGGGUACCCCAGGGAGUACAAACACCCUUUACGACUCACCAGGAACAUUCUAUUCGUAGAAAUUUCUUAAAAACAGGUACUAAAUUUAGCAACUUCAUUCACGAGGAACACCAGUCCAACGGUGGUGCUCUGGUACUUCAUGCUUACAUGGAUGAACUCUCAUUUUUGUCUCCAAUGGAGAUGGAGAGAUUUUCUGAGGAGUUUCUUGCUUUGACAUUCAGUGAAAAUGAGAAAAAUUCUGCUUGCUAUGCUUUAGCAAUAGUGCAUGGAGCGGCUGCUUAUCUUCCAGACUUUUUGGACUACUUUGCUUUUAAUUUCCCCAACACUCCGGUGAAAAUGGAAAUUUUGGGCAAGAAAGAUAUUGAAACAACAACCAUUUCAAAUUUUCAUACUCAGGUCAACAGGACGUACUGCUGUGGCACCUACCGAGCAGGCCCUAUGCGACAGAUAAGUCUUGUUGGAGCAGUCGAUGAAGAAGUUGGUGAUUAUUUCCCAGAGUUCCUUGAUAUGUUAGAAGAAUCUCCUUUUUUGAAAAUGACCCUGCCCUGGGGCACGCUUUCCAGCCUCCGACUGCAGUGCAGGUCUCAGAGUGAUGAUGGGCCCAUCAUGUGGGUGAGGCCGGGGGAGCAGAUGAUCCCCACAGCAGACAUGCCAAAGUCGCCCUUCAAAAGACGACGAUCAAUGAAUGAAAUAAAAAAUCUCCAGUACCUACCUCGGACUAGUGAACCCCGUGAAGUCCUCUUUGAAGACAGGACGAGAGCUCAUGCUGACCAUGUAGGCCAGGGGUUUGAUUGGCAGAGUACAGCUGCUGUCGGGGUUUUGAAAGCUGUCCAGUUUGGUGAAUGGAGUGGCCAGCCUCGCAUAACCAAAGAUGUGGUAUGUUUCCAUGCUGAGGACUUUGCUGAUGUUGUUCAGAGACUGCAGCUAGACCUUCACGAGCCUCCAGUUUCCCAGUGUGUGCAGUGGGUGGAUGAAGCUAAACUAAACCAAAUGAGGCGGGAAGGCAUUCGGUAUGCUAGAAUCCAGCUGUGCGACAAUGACAUCUACUUCAUCCCUAGAAAUGUUAUUCACCAGUUUAAGACAGUGUCUGCUGUGUGCAGCCUGGCCUGGCACAUAAGGCUGAAACAGUAUCACCCUGUUGUGGAAGCCACACAGAACUCAGAGCCCAAAUCUAACAUGGACAGUGGUUUCCCUGGAAAGAGAGAAUUAGAAGUGGACUCCCAGUGUGUGAGGGUAAAAUCAGAGCCUGAGGACAAGAGCCCAGAGACAAGGCUGUUGUCAGCCGCACCCCCGCCCUUCUCAGCGCCAGCAGAGCUCCACCCCCCGCAGGCGCAGAAGACCAGGCCUGUGCCCAUUUUCAAGGUGGAAAGUAGACUGGACUCCGACCAGCAACGCAAUCCACAGGAACACCCAAGCACUCCUGUCUGAUAUGUACAUACUCACAUUUUUUAACUUUUUUAACUUUUGAUGUGAAGUUAUAGUUUUAUAACUGGCUUACGUUAAGUUUUAUUGGAGAAAUCUUGCUUAUAAUUCUAUAAAGAGAAAUGACAUUCCACAAAUGUCAGGCCUAUCUUUUUUACACAGAUUAUGCAGAGUUUAGAGUUGUAUCCUACCCCGUUAGUACAGUCUGUAAUAGUGGGUCUGCUGCUAUGUUCUGUUGUAAGGUGUGAGGUAACAAUUCAAUCUCUUCUUCAAAACAAGAAUUCUCUCAAAUAACAGAUUCUCAUUUGAUAAUUAUUCGCUUCCCUUAUCUUGCCUUGUCUCUGCCAUGUUUGCUGUUUGUUUGUUUUUUUUAAAUACAAAUAUUGUGUCUUUAUGGCACAUAAUCAAUUUCCAUAGUAAACUCGGCAUGGGCUGCAGGAAGGAGACCCUGCAUCCAUCUAUGUAUGGGCAAGUAAGUUAUUUAUCCAGCUAUAAAGAAUAAGUAGUUUCUAAGCAAAUUCAGUGGCUCUCUGGUUUCUUAACAAAAGAGAAAGCACAACAUUUUCUGACUGUCUUUUUUGUAACUGUUAUUUAAAGCCCAGUGGACAUUUCAAUUAAAAAAAUGUAAAGAAGAAUAGUCCUUGGUCAUUCAUUAUCCAAUGAUUCAUUCUUUUCUAGACUCAUGGUCACUGUUAGAAGACAUGGUUGAGGGAGAUAGUGUUGAUGUGACACUCGUGUCCUCACUUUUCAGUUGGUUUCUAAACUUUUCACAGGACCAAACUUAGAGAAUGGUACCAGUCUUUCUAAUAAAGCUACCAUACUGGGAUAGCAAACGUAGGAGAAACUAUGGUUGUGACUUGGUGUCAACCUCUUCGUGUCUAGUUAGGAGACCCUUUACAGCUUUAUCUGGAGAAUAACUGGGCUUCUUUACUGUUAGUUUUGCUAAUUUGUAAUAGAGAACAGGGCACUAGGCUUUAUCCUAGAGUUUCAGGAAGCUUAAAACCUAGUGCCUCAGCAUUAUUAUUUCUUCUUCUUUCUUCUUCCUUCUCCCUUCUCUUCUUCCCUUCUCUCUUCUCCCUCUUUCUCGCUCCUCCCUCCUCUGUCCUCAUCCUUCCUUCCUUCUUUUUCUUCUGUUUUUAUACAGGCACAGUUCAUAUAGCUUGUCUGGUCUUAGCUUUCUGUUAAUUUAGGUUAUUAAUGAGAUAUCUUGUUCUUUCUCUUAAUGAUACUGUAUUCUUUUGUUUAUUAAAGAAAGAGUACUCUCCACACCUAAGACCAGAUUCUUGUAUCUACCUGGUUACAGUGCAAUUUGAUUCCCCCCCUCCCCCCAAUGGUCAGAUUUGAAAUACUUGCAUUAACAUAGUAAAAAAUAAAAAAGAUGCUGCUUUUAUUAUGUCAGUCAACAUGAACACUUUGCUGCAUCUUUUGAACUAUCAAAUAUGAAUUUUCUCUAACAUACUCUGAAAUAGGUUAAUCUUAUAUAAAUAUUACUUUGUGCAAUAUUGUUGUGUAGUUAAAUGCAUAUUAGCAAAGUUUAGAGGUCACUGUGUAAACCGAUAGAAAAGUAACCAUCAGCAAAUACUACGGUGAUUAGUUAGAAUCUGUAUUAUUCCUUAUAUAUAUAUAUAUGUAUAUGUAUAUGUAAUCUUCGUUAUAAAGGAUGAAGAAAAACAGACACAUUUCAAUGUAAACCAUUUUAUGAAUUGGAAGUGAUGUUGGUUUUAGUUAUCUUUGUAAAUAAGGUAAUUAGAAUGGUAUGAAUGGUAAUGUGAUUAUUACAAAGGUGUUUUUAAUUCCUGUGUAUAAAUUCUAGCAUAAAUUCUAGUUUAUCAAGACUAGUUUUUAAGGAACUUUUGAGGGUAUAUUUUUUUUGUUGUUGUUAUUUUGUGGGAAGGGGUUUAUCACAAAAGUGUGUGGGUUUGGGUAAUUCUUAUUUUUUACUUUUCUGUCCGGAAGAAUUUCAUAGAGCUUUACCAGGCUGUUGCAAAGUAAAAUUCUUCUCAGGCAACAUUUUCUUUUAAAAAUAAUCAUGAAGAAUAAUACUGUUAAAACAGAAAGUUUUCAUUCUUUUCCUUGUCUUCCGAGAUCCGAUUUCCCUGUCUCCCACUUGCCACCCGCAGGUGCCAUCGGCCGUGCUUGUAAGAGCGAGGAGGCCGAGAGUCCCUGGCCAGCCAGCACUGUGCAUCACCGCUCAGGAGCCAGCGCGUCUGCAAAGACACACACAACACAGUCCAUCCUCCUUUUACAAUUCUACCCUCACUUCCAAUAGGAAAGAACACAAAUGCUUAAAAUCAUGUACUAAUAAAUUGUAUGUUAGCAUCGCGAUAGAAUGGAGAACAACAUUUAGCUAGUCAUGUAUCUGGGGACCAAGCGUCCCACGGGAGUAUUAGACUUGAUAGCAUGCUUUGAAGACUGAUGAAUAUAAGCGCAGACGUUUUGAGUUUCCGACUGCUCGCAAAACUGUAUCCUAGUUUAGUGAUAAUAAAUGACUGCACCUUUCCUAACUCAUUGAAUUGGUUAUUGGGUGUGGCGGAGCCGGCCGGGCCAGGCUGGCGUCCCCUGACUCGCCCCGCAGUGACGCUGCCCUCCUGCCUUGGUCUACUGUCUGUCCGUUGUGCCAACUCUCGAGGUCACUUGCAGAAGGUGGCUGUAAGUUUUAGUUCUUCAUGGAGCAGAGGGAUACUUUUAAAAUGUGCUUGUGGAAAGGACCUAAUAAAUAUUCCUGACAGUAAAUAGAAUGAUUUAUGGUAACUACUAAAAAGGCUAAGUCUUCCCUCCCACCCAAGAAGUCAUUCUAUAAUUGCCAAGACAGGCGAGGAGGAUUCUAAGAGACAUCCCAAAUUCAUAAAGCAAUAAUAAAGACCUACUUUUGUUGUUUCCCUCCUCCAAUGUCUUUUCACUUUUUAAAGAUAGACUUCUUAGGCUGAAUUUAGUAAUUAAAUUUUCCUUAAUUUGGUAUUGUUUUCAGUGGAGGACUUGGAAAGCAUCCUUCCCCUCAGAGAUUGACUAUCGACUAAUAUUUCAAGCUCUUCUAUGGGGCCAAGGGGCUUAUUAAAUAAAAUUCCUCACUAGACCUUAGAAAAAGAUGUCGAAUCAGUCUUAAUAAAGGUCACACUUGGUGACUGGAGAAAACUUACUGCCUUUCUCUAUAUAAAUAUUGUCGAGAAAGUGAAUAUAGGAACAAGACUCCAAAAAAAAAAAACCAUGAAAAUAUAUUCUUGGUGAAUAUAUUCAUGAUCAUUAAUAUUAGCCAAUUAUAUUUUCAUCUUUACCAUUGUAUACCUAUAGGAUAAUUGAGUUUAUGUGUUCAUCUGUUUCGUCUUUACUACUGGAUUAAAAAAAAAGACUUUUCAGUCGUGCACACCGGAGGUUCACAGUUGUGCUGUUACAUUUUUAAAACAGGUUGUGGCUGUAUUUGUUGGUCAUGCAAGUAGAGGAAAUGAUAACAAACUUUUUUUCUUAAGUGCAUGAGGGAUGGAUCCUCAUCUUGAUGUUCUCCGCUCUGUUCUGGGAGCAGCAUCCAGCAGUGUUGAGGGCCUUCCAUUUCCUCGUGAAGCUUUAGGGUCCGUGUGUGCGUGGAGAGACCCCUGUCUCUCACUAAGAUAGCACUUUUCAAUUCUAAAAAAAUACAUACUACUAUCACAUGUUGUAAAUUUUUCAUGUAAUAGUGUUUCUUUGUGACUAAACUUCAUUUUGAUUGGCAGCUAAGACUUUCCCCCUCCUCCGUGUCUUUAAUUUAUCUAAGAGUUUUUUUGCAUAUAGAUGAAAUGUAUGAUUUGCCUGGCAGACUAUUUGCAUUGUGUGGCCUUAGUUUAUUGACAUUAACCCGUGUUUUAAAAGGUUUUUAACGAAUAGUCUUAAAUCCGAAUUUGUGUGAAUAACUUCCUUUUAACACUGCUUUUUUGUAGCUGUCUUAAGUGUGUACAAUUGUUAAGCUAUUUCUUUGUAAAAUAGGACAAUGGAAUGCAUAGAGGUUUUUUUUCCCUGUAAAGUAUUUUUUUAAUAAACAAAGUCUGAUUUGUCCUCUA